GGCGCGAGGCGAUGACGUCACACUAGCCGGACCGCGGUUGCGGAAGCCUGGGCCCUCGACCGCGAGUAGGGUCUAGCUGGGACGGCGCUACCAUGACCAUUUGCCAGUUUUUCCUUCAAGGCCGGUGCCGCUUCGGAGACCGCUGCUGGAACGAGCAUCCCGGCGCCCGGGGUGCGGGCGGGGCCCGGCAGCCGCCACCGCAGCAGCAGCCACCCUCAGGGAGUGACCGUCGAGGGUGGGGUACCAGCAGCCAAAGGCACACCAGUGUCAUCCAGCCUUCCAGCUUCCCCAGGCCCACACCAUGGGGUGGCAGCAGAGCGCAGGACAAACCACAAUUCGGUUCUCUGGAUUCUGGAGCUUCCACCAGCAGGGGCUUCGGGUCGUCUCAAAACCCUUUUGCUUCACCUCUCUCCGAUGAGCAGAAAGAUGAAAAGAAACUUCUGGAAGGAAUCGUUAAGGAUGUAGAAGUUUGGGAGUCAUCGGGGCAGUGGAUGUUUUCUGUUUACUCACCAGUGAGAAAGAAACCCAGCAUUUCAGGUUUCACAGACAUUUCACCCGAGGAGUUGAGGCUUGAAUACCAUAACUUCUUAACCAGCAAUAACUUACAGAGCUAUCUAAACUCUGUUCAACAGCUAGUAAGUCAGUGGAGGAAUAGGAUAAAUGAACUGAAAAAUCUAAAUAUGUCAACCAAAGGAGCUCUGCUCUCUGAUGUAAAGGAUGGGGUCAGUCAAGCAGCACCUGCGUUUGGAUUUGGAAGUAAGCAAGCAGGGACAUUUGGGUCACCAGGUUUUCCAGGGAAUAACAGCAGCAGCAGUACUGUUCAGAACUUUAGUUUUAAAACAAGCCCCGGACUGGCCACUGCUCCUUCUGGAAGUGCAUCAGUGUUUGGAAGUCCCCCGGCCUUUGGGACUGGGCCCUCUGCUGGCUCCGCCCUCUCUUCCUCCACUCCAGCCUUUGGACUUGGGAACCCUGAAGCUGUGUCUGCUGCCUCAUUUUCAUUCAAGAGCCCGGAAGCUUCCAGUUUUGGGUCACCUGGGUUUUCAGGACUUCCAGCUUCUGUGGCAGCGAGUCCCUUUGGCCCUACCACAGCCCCUGCCUUCGGAAGCGGCAGCUCUGUGGCUGGUUUUGGCAGUCCUAGCCCACAUUCUCAGGCUGUAUUUGCUAAACCUUCCAUGGACGUGUUUGCAGGUAGUGGCAUAUCUACCUCUGCCCCAGCUUCCAGUGCCACUGAUAACGCACUGUUCACGCCCAGGGAUCAGCUGACGAAGGAAGAACUGGAGCAGUUUCAAUCCCAGAAGUUUACCCUGGGGAAAAUCCCUCUGAAGCCACCACCUGUCGAGCUUCUGACCAUAUAAAGGUCAGGUUUAAAUACAGAAAGAGUGCCUUUAGCUAGGCAUGUCGUGCCUGCCUACAGUCUGGGAAGCUAAGCAGCAGAACACCACAAAUUCAGGCCAGUGUGGACAGCACAGAAUGAGUAAGAGACCAGCAGCUCUGUGCGGGACCCUCCAAGAGAAAGAUCUGAAUGGCUUCUAAAGCAAUGCUGUUGGAGUGCUGGGGAUCACACUGCGGCCUCCCCAGGCCAGGCCAGGCCCACCUGACCCAUCCCCCAUCCCUAACCUUGGCUUCUGAGAUUGAAUGAAUUUAUAUAUAUGGCCCAUAAGCUUUCAGUAAUUGAGGGAUUUUAAAGUUUAACUUUUCUAAACACUUAGCUAAAUAAAGGACAGCCAAGAAAGUCAAUAAGCAAGGGAAAUCUUUUGUGCUGUAAUUAUGAGUGGAACUAAAAAGUACAGUGUACUGAAUAAAGUAAUUUUCUCAUUCUGUUCCAA